AUGUUCAUUGGCGCCUAUGUUGGCGCCCGCCCCCUGGGGCGCCCGCUGCCGCCGCUGGGCGAGGUGCCGCAGAGCGCCCAGGUGCCGCUGUUCCUCAUCUACAGCUUUGCCCGAGACGCGGCCAAGGACGGGCGGUUUGAGUUUUACGACCCCUGGCAGCUGGAGACCGCCGUGCGACAGCAGUGCGGCAACCAGCGCGGCAUGCUGUCGCUGGCGGGGGCGGGGUUCAGCUGGGGCUCCGCGGUGGGGCUGGACGAGUGGGUGGCAAACGCCCUGGACAGCCUGCAGCGCAUGCUGGACAAGUAUGGGCUGGUGGGCCUGGACAUCAAUUACGAGGAGGGUCUGGAUGAGCGGGGCGGCUUCGCGGAGGCCAUGGCUGCGCUGAUUGCGCAGCUCAAGGCCUGGCGGGCCAGCCUGCUGGUCACCAUCUCGCCCUAUUGCGCCACUUGGCCGCACUACCGCCAGCUGCUGCAGCUGGCGGGUGCCAGCAUCGAUUUCGUCAACUGGCAGCUGUAUGCGGAGCUGGAGUCACCGGAUGCCACAGCGGAGGAGGCAGUUGCCGUGUACGAGCGGCUGGCUCGGGAGGUGGGCGGCUACAGCAAGCUGACCCUGGGGGUGAACACGGAGCCCAAGGAUCUGCGAGGGCCGCGGCUGGGGGCGUGCCUGGCGGCCCUCCACGUGCUGAAGGGCCGCGGCAUCGGCGGCGCCUUUGUGUGGGCGCUGGAUAACAGCUGCGGCUGCGGAUUCCAGGCCGAGUCGGCCUUGCUGCGCAUCGCUGGCGAGCCGACAGGGGUGCACGCCCAGCAGCAGCAGGGCCAGGCUGCCGGCGGCGGGGCGCAGCAGGCGGCGACCGGCGGGGCUGCGGCCAGCGGCGGCGGGCAGCACGUGGCGAGUUACAGUGGCAGCACCUGCUGCUGCAUCGGCUGA